AUGAGUAGAUACGUUAGCAGCAAUGAAGCUAUCUGGCGUGUUUUUGGUUUUUCCAUACAUGAAAGAAAUCCAUCUGUGGUACAUUUGGCUGUGCAUUUGGAGAACGGUCAGCGGGUAUACUUUACAGAAAACAAUAUAUUACAACAAGCUUUGACUGCUUCGAAGACUACUCUAACUGCAUUUUUUAAACUUUGUAGUAGAUCAGAUAUUGCUGGAAGAUUUGCUAGAACAUUAUUAUAUACAGAUACACCUGAAUAUUUUACAUGGGAUAAAAAAUUAAAAGAUUGGGUACCUAGAAAACGAGGUAUUCCUGUUUCAGGAUUCGAAGGCAUAUAUAUGACAAACAAUUUGGUAGAUUGUAUACUGUUCAUUUUAAGCAACGAGAAUGCUUUUAUUAACUUUUUAUGA